CUAGAGAGAUUUAGGAGGAGACAAUUCAACCCCUUCCUUUUAAAAAAGAAGUUGAGACUUUAAAAAGUAAUUGAUAUAAAUAAGAUCACAGGGUUUCUUAGUAUAAGAGUUAGAACUUGAAUCCAGAUCUCACUGUAAGUUUAGUGCUUUUUUCACCAUAGCUUCUCUUCAUUUCCCCAAAGUGUAUACAUUUCCACCCCAUCUCUCAACUAAGAAGAAGGUGAACACAUACUUCUACCUCUUCAUAUGGGCAUACAAAACAUGCACAUGAUUAUUUAGGGCCAUACUCAUAUGUAGAUUUGAAAACAUCUCAAUCCAAAACCUCUGGAUCUGCUGCUUCUGAAACACUUUCCCUUAUCACAAACUACCCAGUUUCUUUCUCAUCCCCUAAGCACAACACUGGAAGCUUGAAUUUUUAGCAGGAAUAUGUUAUUUCAGGUUUCCAUGAUGUUUGAAGACAUAGCAAUAUAUCUCACUCAGGAGGAGUGGAGCCUUCUGCACCCUGCUCAGAGAGAUCUCUACAAGAAUGUGAUGAUGGAAAAUUAUGGAAAUAUAGUCUCCUUAGGAUUUCUAAUAUCCAAACCUGAUGUGAUCUCUCAACUAGAACAAGGAGAAGAGCCGUGGGUCCUGCACAUGCAGGAAACUCAGGGGAGAAAAGUCCUGAGAAAUGACAAUUCAGGCUUCGAGCUGCAAACUUCCAACAUCUCCUGCGACCCGAGAAUCCUGAGACAACUGAUGGGCAAACUCAACAUCCACUGGAUGCUGCAGCUGCUGUUUUCAAAUCGCGUUUCUCUCUUCCAAGCAUGACAUCCUUCCUACCCUUCCCCCCCAAUUAGGGCUAGCUCUACAACCACUCUCAGCAGGAAGUAGCUAUUGAAGAUCUGAGACCCUCUAUCCUUUUCCCAAAAGAAUUUGUGCUUACUGCUUGAGUGGGGAGAUGAUGAGAAUAAACUCUGUAUGACCUGAGUGAGCCCUGUAAAAUUAUGUAAAAUCACCAAAAAUGUCUCCUUUGAUCUACAAACCCAAAUGGUCUUGCAUCCUCUGGGAGCAAGAUAAGCUUUCCUGGGGAAGUCACAACUCCAGGCAAGAUUUCACAUUUACCUGAGACUUCCCUUAGAUUCAUGCAUAAAAUGGGUCUUCAGAAAAUUACUCUUUGCAGAUCACCUCUUUCUUGAGAAUGAUAUCCCUCUUGGUG